UCAAGCUCGCGGACGGGUGGCCAAGCUGAUGCCCUCAGCGUUUCUUCAGUCCCAUUUCCAAAGAGCUCCACAGAGGCAGUCGGACCUCCUGCAAAACACUGACCAUGCGGAAAACAAGCUCGCGUCUGGCCACCAUACGCUCACAAUGGAGGAAAAAGAUGAGAUUGAGCUGUAUGUGUCGUCUGUCGGAGGAUCAGAUCCUGUGGCCCAUGAAGAGAUGAUCCGACUGCUCAACAUCAACAAUCUUCAGCACAGUUCCGGACCGAUCGCCACCACUGAGGCGUCCACUGAGAAAAAUGUUUUCAAAGACCACCAUGAGAAGAACGGCAUCUGGGGUAAAGACGGCUUCUACGUACUGGUUAUCUGCCUCACAAUAUUCAUCAUUAUCUUCAGCUGUUUAAUGGUGCUUUACCGACUGAAGGAGAAGGAAAUCUUGGAUCAGCAGCUGAAGGAUCCGUCCCCGCCCAGCCGGGACGUUCAGCUGGCACCAGUCCCUGUUCACGGCGCACAGCCCCCUCUGACCCUCAAGAACAGCAUGGUCCAGGCCAGCCGGACAUCCAAACCUAGUGCCAACUAUUCUCCCAGCAGCACGAACCCCUCAUCCUGCAACAUCAGCAUCCAUCAGACCCCCUCCAGCGGGACCACGUCAGAGCCCCAGUGCCCGUCAGGCCCCUCAGCGGCUGAACUCAAACCCAGCGUCUCCACACAUUCACCAUUCAGGAUGAAGCCUGUUGCCGGCCUGCAGGAACGACGUGGAUCUAAUGUCUCUCUGGUGCUCGAUAUGAGUUCUCUGGGGUCUGUGGAGCCUUUGAAUUGUGGGGUCGUGACCCCACGUGAGCGCGCCACUCAGGAAUACCUGCAGUCCGCCAGUCGAGCGCUCUCCCGCAAACAGCUGCGCGAUGUCACCCUGAACACACACAUCCUGCACGCAGAGUUUGCUGAAAUUCCCAUGAACUUUGUGGAUCAGAAGGAACUAGACAUCCCAAAUCACGGAUCAAAAAAUAGAUACAAGACCAUUCUGCCAAAUCCACAUUCCAGGGUUAUUCUGAAGACUAAGAACUCGAAUGACCCACUCAGCAGUUAUAUCAAUGCCAACUACAUACGAGGUUAUCUUGGAGUGGAGAGAGCCUUCAUUGCCACUCAGGGUCCAAUGAUCAACACGGUCAAUGACUUCUGGCAAAUGGUCUGGCAAGAGGACUGCCCUGUCAUCGUCAUGAUUACUAAACUGAAAGAGAAAAACGAAAAAUGUGUUCUUUACUGGCCUGAGAAAAGGGGCAUCUAUGGGAAGGUGGAGGUCUCUGUUAAUAAUGUGAAGGAAUGUGACCACUAUAUAAUCCGCACGCUUAAUCUAAAGAACGGAGGCCAGAGUCGUAAAGUGCAGCAUUACUGGUACACAUCAUGGCCCGAUCAUAAGACCCCAGAGAGUGCCGGACCCCUGCUGCAGUUAGUUAAUGAUGUGGAGGAGGACAGGAGAGGCUGGACGUCCAGCGGGCCGGUUAUUGUCCACUGCAGUGCUGGAAUCGGUCGGACGGGGUGUUUCAUGGCCACGACGAUCGGCUGUCGUCAGCUGGGGCUGGAGGGACUUGUGGAUGUGCUGGGAAUUGUGUGUCAGCUCAGGAAAGACAGGGGUGGAAUGAUCCAGACCGAGGAACAGUAUGAGUUCGUGCACCAUGCCUUGAGUCUCUAUGAAAGUGGCCUUCCUGCAGAGGCUGGACAAUGAGUUUGAGCAUGAACUGGAGCUUCGCUUUUCGUAUCAGGAGAUCUGCUUCAGCCAUGAGCUUUCUGAGAAGGCAGGAGAUCAUGUUUGUUAAGGUGGAUCUGCGGGGAUUAUUAAAGUCCAAGGCAAGUACUGCACACUGCUAUCGUCAAAACGUGUAUAACUUCUCAAAAGAAACGAACGUCCUGAUUUUCAAGGCUGUUUUGACGCUAGAGGUAAAGCGUGUCAGUUUGACCCUACAAGGUAUAGUUUUAAUACGUCAUUUUUUUAAACCUAGAAACAGUAUAUAUAACUUUUAUAUCAGUUAUCUUCUUUUAUUUCUUCAGAUUAUGCGUCUGUGCGUUGUAACAAUACUGAAUUGUCUUGAUGCUGCAGUAUAAAUGAGGUAUAUAUAAAUGAGGUCAUGUCCUGUGUGUGACCGUAUGAUAAUAAGACAUCGACGAUAGAAUAUAUUCAUGUUUGUAUUAUCUGCUAACAACUUACGAUGUUCUUUUCUACGUUUUCGGACUGUGUUUUCCCAUCGCCGCUGAUGAAUUUAGAGCUCUGUGAAAGAAAUGUUGAAUGUUAGACUGAGACCGAAUGCCUCAAAAAGUCGUGUUGUGUCGUCUGGAGUCAAUACACACAACAAACAGCUGUCAACUUUCAUUGUUCAACUUAAAAAUAUGGGUUGCUUGAAUUGUCUAGAGCAAGGUCACCAAUCUCGGUCCUGAAGGGCCGGCGCCCCUGCAGGGUUUAGCUCCAACUUGCCUCAACACACCUGCCUGGGUGUUUCAAGUACACCUAGUAAGACCUUGAUUAGUUCAUUCAGGUGUGUUUGAUUAGGGUUGGAGCUAAAAUCUGCAGGACACCGGCCCUCCAGGAACAAGUUUGGUGACCCCUGGUCUAGAGACUUGCCGCUGAUCCUGAGCGGAGGUGGAGUUUUGAUAAUCCUAAUUUUAGGGGAUAGCGAUCAUAACAAUGAACGGAAUUAUUUAGCAACGGUUCAGCUAACAAUCCAAAAGGAACACAAGCAAAUACAUUUGGGAUAAUGUAAAUAUAUAUAUAAAAUGUAGAAGAAAAGUCAAAGAAGUAACAUUAAUUACUAAUAUUUUAAUACACCCCUCUCCCAGAAUGCUUACAUCUUAGUGCGAUGGUUGAAGUAUACUGGGACCACGAGGAUUUUGCUGCUAAUCCCGCAAUUGUUCAUUGCUUUAGGAAUUAAAUGUAUGUUAUUGUACGAGAGAAGAUAUUCGUUUUUUUUUGUAUUGUAUUUAUUAUUAUGAAAAUGAUCGUUAUAUUACCGGAUACUUUUAUAAAAUAUGGUAAUUGUCAGUGCGCACUGUUACGCUAUAUACUUUCCACUAUGUGGGCUUUAAUGUUAGGCAGUCAGCGACUUUACCUGUUUCUGCUUCAUGACGGUUGAUGUGAAUACUGUAAAUAACCACAUUAUAGUCUGCACAUAUGGAUGUCUCGCGCAGUGAGGGCAAGCGACCCAAACUCUGAGCUGUUUCGAAUCUAUAGUUGUGGUAGAAUUGACUAUAGUCUUGUGUUAUGGGAUGUAUAUUAUAUAUGCAUAACUUGGUCCAGAAACAUUUCAAAGAUAUGUGUUAAUGCUAGACAGACGGUCAUUUGCAUUGUACGUUUGGUCCUAUAACGAUGUCAAACCAUCACCCUAAGCCAUAAUACUACAUGUUUACAUUGUUUUUUGUUCAUCAGUUAUGCUGUUAAUGAAACCUGUCACGUCAAGAUGUGUUUUUGAAAGCAAGUGUAACGUCGCCUAGUCAGAAAGCAGACGACAGAAAGCGUGAGUCUGACUUUGUGGUCAUUACUGCCAAUAAAUGAAUCCUCAGAUGA